GUAGCAGCCAUUGCUCAGCAUCUCAAUGCCGCCAUAUUCGGCCUAGCGCAGAGACAACGGCGUAGGCAGAGAGAAGAUCAGACGAGGCGCGACAGGAACAGCCAACGGAGGAAGAAGAGAAAGGCGCCGAGGGAUGGACAAGGGGCAGCAGGUGAUGCAAAGAGGCAUAAGACCGAGGGGAGAGGGCAGUCUGAAGCGCUUGAAGAUGAGCGACAGAAGCGUGACACCUCAGCCGCUCCGAGCGACAAGACGGCGGGCAGGUCGAACGCCGGCGAUAUUGAUGAGUCAGAUGGUGAGGACAGCAAAGAGGAGGCGGAUCCCACGGAUGAUGAGGAUCAAGAAGAGCAAGAUGAGGUAGCACGACUUCAGCAUAGACUCGAUAUGGCGGGCGUAGAGGGUGGUGGCAUCGGCCGGGGCCUCCGACUCGAGGUGACGCCAGGAGCCAUCUUAGACAAGCUGGCCGAGUAUUACGAUGUCGACACUCUUGACGACAUUGACGAACGUAGCUUGACGUCCCACCAGCUCGCACCUCAUCCCUCCGUCCGGCACGAGGGAUACUCCAAUGGCCAUACUCGGCCUGGGAACCCCAAGAGGCCAAAGCGAGAAGACGAGGGCAGCGAUGAAGACGACGAGGAUGAGCCAAUUGACUUUGCUCUUGUACCUGGAGACGCAUAUAUGGCACUCGUAGACAAGCGAGCAGGGGCCGAUGAAGAGCAAGCAGCACGCGACCACGAGGAAUGGGACGACUCGUUGAGCUCGGCCAUCUCUGGAGACGAUGAAGAAGAUGAGGAGGAGGAAGAUGCGGACGCCAAGGUGAAGACGGAGGACGAUGAUGAGGUCGAGGAAGAUGAUGACGACAACGAAGAGGAAGAAGCCGAAGAAGAUGUCUCGUACGAAGACGAGGGCAAGUCUCGAGGCAAGAAGUCACGCUCGAACGCUUCAGCGACGAAACAACGUCCCCCAGCCUCUGCGAUCCGUAAACAGCCCCAGCAAAGACCAAGCAAAGGACGCCAGUCCGCCUCAAGCCGUGGCGGUAGCUCUCGAGCGCUCAGUGCUGAGAAUGAGGACGAAGCAGAGGAAGGCGAUGACGAAGGGGACGAAGAGCAAGAGGGCGAUGAGGACAUGGAAGAGGAAGCAGAGCCAGCGUCUGGCGCAGAGGAGGCAGAUGAAGGUGACGAAGAGGAGAAUGACGAAGCCAACCCUUCUCGUGGCAAAGCUGCCACGUCAAAGCGUGGCGGUCGAGGAGGAGCAAAAGCUUCUCGUGGCAGAGGCAAAGUAUCCAGCAGCACGUCCACGAGAGGCAAGGGCAAAGCCGCCGCAGCUGCACAGCCCCGGAGGACGACGAGGAAGCGCUGA